AGAAGCUGCAGCUUGCUCAGUGCGUCAGGACAUUAGUUUGCCUCUCUGAAAGAAGCCUUCACCAUGGUCGACGCCUUCUGUGCCACUUGGAAACUGGUCGACAGUGAGAACUUCGAUGAGUACAUGAAAGCACUUGGUGUGGGCUUCGCCACCCGGCAGGUUGGUAAUGUGACCAAGCCGACUGUGAUCAUCAGCCAGGAGGGCGACAAGGUGGUGGUUCGCACCCAGAGCACCUUCAAAAACACAGAGAUCUCCUUCAAGCUGGGGGAGGAGUUUGACGAAACCACCGCUGACGACAGGAACUGCAAAUCCACAGUCGCUCUGGAGGGAGACAAGUUGGUCCAUGUCCAGAAGUGGGACGGCAAGGAGACCAAGUUUGUCAGAGAAAUCAAGGACGGCAAAUUGGUCAUGAAUCUGACCUUUGAAGAAAUCCAUGCGGUGCGCACCUACGAGAAGGCAUGAAGUCUGCGAGCAACAGCCUCCCAGUGAACCAGGCAACAACAUUGAUUUUAUAAUUAUUAUUGACUGACUGUUUGCUUCUCUUUGCACUUCAUCCUCCUCCACAUGUUCACGACCUGCAGGCUGCACGUUUUGUAAGAACUGUUUUUUUUUUUUAUAUGAAUACAUUUCUGUCGUGAUGGAUGGAUCGUCUUUGCAACCCUGUGUGAAACAUGAAAUAAAAAACACAGAG